UUCCAGACAGGAUAGCUCAGGCUAGUUACUCGCGGAGGGACCAGAUGAAGCACAUCUGGACAGCUGUACUAGGAGGCUGUGUGGCUUCUUCGGGAGGCAGGACGUCACCUAGGCACGCCUCCCACGUCGUCUCCUUCUAGCUAUUUAUUAUUUAUUCAAUUUCGCCAAGAAGCAGCCAGGGCUCCAAGCUUGAAACUUUUUCUCCCCUCACCCCCAAGAGAGAAGGGCUAGGCCCGUUCAACACAUAGCUUAAUUUUCAGGGGGCUCUGAGAUCAAAAGAACAGAAACAGCAACAAAAGCCCAGCCUCGGCGGCCUGAUUUUAAACUGGCAGAGUUAGAAAAAUAAAGUUUGGGUAAACAGAGCAAGCUGGACCAUGGGAAGUUUCAAAGGUCAUGUUCUCCCUGGAAGCUUCUUCUUUAUCAUGGGUUUUUGGUGGAGUUCAAAGAGUAUUCUGAAGUACGUUUGCAAAAAGCAAAAGAGGACUUUCUACCUUGGUUCUAAAGCAUUAUUCCGUCAAAUGGAAAUUUUGGAGGGAAUUAUAAUAGUUAUCAUGGCCUUAACUGGCAUGCUUGGGGAACAAUUUAUUUCUGGAGGACCCUACCUGAUUUUAUAUAAAGACGGCCAGUGGAACCAACUCAUGGGCUGGCAUCACUGCACCAUGUAUUUCUUCUUUGGGCUGCUGGGUGUGGCUAAUAUCUUAUGUUUCACCAUCAGUUCACUUCCAGUCUCCUUACCCAAGUUAAUGCUGUCAAAUGCAUUAUUUGUGGAGACUUUUAUCUUCCAAAACCAUACUCAUGGCCGGGAAAUAUUAGACAUCUUUGUACACCAGCUGCUGGCCUUGGUCUCCUUUUUGGCAGCCUUGCUGGCCUUCAUGGAGUUCCUCACACGGAACAAUGUGCUCCUGGAGCUCCUGCGCUCAAGCCUCAUCCUGCUACAGGGGAGCUGGUUUUGGCAGGUUGGUUUUGUCCUGUACCCCCCUAGUGGUGGUCCUGCAUGGGAUCUGACUAAUCAUGACAACAUUAUGUUUCUCACCAUAUGCUUUUGUUGGCAUUAUGCAUUGGCCUAUAUCAUCAUUGGAGUGAAUUAUGCUUUUGUCACCUGGUUGGUAAAAUCUAGACUUAGGAGACUCUGCUCCUCAGAAAUUGGACUCUUGAAAAAUGCUGAAAGAGAACAUGAAUCAGAAGAGGAGAUGUAAUUUUCAUGGGCAUCCAUUCUAUUAAGAUAAACAUUAUUCUUUUUGCAUUGUCUUUGCUCAUUAUUUUCUUUCUUGCCCAAUUGAAAAACAACUGGCCGAAGAUGACUAUAUAAUGCUUGUAUUUUCAAUUGUGUUGAAAUAUUUGAAUUUGAAUAUUUUAUUUUUAGCUUUGAAAUACUUUGAGUGAUAAGUUAAAUUUGCAUAUCAUUGUAUUCAGAGUCUAGACUGACUUUUCCAACAUUAGCCAUAGUUUGAGGAUUGUACUAUGAAAAAUGUUUAUUUGCCUUAAGGAUAUGGCCAAUGUUAUUAAACAUAGAAUUAUAUUUGUUUAUGUUUAUGCUGCAAAGAGAAAUAAAUGAAGGCAUAUGAGUUGGCA